AUGGAGAAAGUCAAAUUAAACUCUACUUUUUUUUUCAUACUUCUUACUAUUUCCAUUUGCGAUCUAAUAGGAUUAUUAUAAUUGGAUCAACCUUUUUAAUACGUUUCUGCAGCACAUGUAAUUAAAGCUUAAAUCCCAGAGAGGAAUUAAGUAUCAGCAACUUAAACAGGGACACUCGAGCCACUUCAAGGGUAGCAUAUUGAUAAGGUUAAGGUGAUUAAGCCUAUCAUUGAUCAUAGAUAAUAUAGAUAUUUAGAAUUGGAGAAUCAUUUGAAAGUGCUCUUAAUUCACGAUGCUGAAUCUGAAAUGGCAUCAGCUGCUAUGGAUGUGAAGGCAGGAUCUUGA